ACUUUUUACUCACCUUGAACUUUCUUGACUCAAGUGUGCGCGCGAGGACGAGUUGCGGAGCACAUUCCUGUUAAGCGAUUUGGCUUAACGGUUGGGGCUCUGUGGGGGGAGGGGCUUUGCUUUGCGGGACAAAUGUCAGCCGCGCUGCGGUGAGGUGGUUUGAGUGGCUCCCAUGACUCUCCCGGGAUGCCAGCGCGUGUGAGCUUUUGAGAUUUGGCAGUUUAUUAGGAGUAGAAGGUUUACCAGUCUUAGGUGACUAAGCAGUUUCACAAAUAAACCCUCCAGCAAGUUUAAAAAUAAUUAGGCCCAACUCAGAGGAAGUGGAGUUUCUCCUGUUGCACAAAAAAGAUGUCUAGCGGCUCCAGUGAAGUUGAUGUGAUAAGAACUCGAAUACCUGCUUAUGAUGAUGAUAAUACUGUUCUUUAUGCAUAUGAACCACAUACUGCAUAUAUCAAUAAACCAGAACAUGUUCAAUCUGGGACAUCCUGCAACGAAGAACAACAAAAAACAAUGCUGGAUAUCCUCAACCAGUGCCAGGCUAUAAACGAUGCCAUCCAAAACCUGGAUAAGAAGUGUGAUGUUAUUCAUGGAAAGGUUUCAAAAAUCUAUCGGUGCCGUGCGAAAUCAUUGUGGCAAACUCGUAAGCCGCAUGGACAUGCACACAAAAAUAAUUACCAGCAUUCUAGAAAACAAAAAUUCCAGAAAAUAAGGAAGAGGGAGCAGCUUCACAGUUCAUUCUCCUACCCUGAAAGUUAUAGCCCCACUAUACCAGUGGGAAGGCGGGAUAUUGAUUCCCAGAGCAACCCUCCAGAAACACCUUUUAAUUCUGAUGAAUCCCCGGAACCAGAGCAUGAUUCACUGCUCGAGGAGCAGGAGCGGGAUGCGGCCCUUGCCCAUAGUCCAUCGCUCUCCUCUAGUUCGUAUCAGCCAUCUUAUGUACCUGAUGAUGCCCAAAUGCCGAGCGCUGACGGGCCCUGCUUUAGCAGCCCCAGGGCUGGCAGUACCGGCGGCCUCUACUCACCUACCCGAGCUUGCUCAACAAUGUCUCCAGGCAUUCUGGCCCAAGGAGAACCCAGUCCGGUACAUAACCCUGAGAUGAUGAAUUACUCAGAUUUAAUGGAAAAUAGACAUGCCGUGUCAUCUCUCUGCGUGCCAUGUGGUUUAGUUACAAGUUCACCAGUUGAACGUGACCCUGGUAUCCUGAAACAAGGCUUUUCUGAGGACCCUUCAACCUGGUCUGUGGAAGAAGUGAUCCUGUUUCUGAAACAAACAGAUGCUCAGACAUUAGGCCCUAUUGCUGACCUCUUCAGACACCAUGACAUCGAUGGGAAGGCUCUGCUACUGCUCAAGAGUGACAUGAUGCUGAAGUAUAUGGGGCUGAAGCUGGGGACAGCUGUGAAGCUAUGCCACUACAUUGAAAGACUGAAAGAAGAAAAAUACUAUAAAGAACAAAGAUACUAUGAAAAUUAAAAAAUGUUUGUGCAAAUUUAGAUUAGGCUUACUUUUAUCGGUACCAAUGCCUUCUUAAUGUAAACUCAUUUUACUGCCCUUAGUAGUGCCUCUAAAAAUACGUUAUAUCCAGAAUUACAGAACUAUAGUACAGUCCAGUCUACUUCUUUAAAAACCAUAUAACAUGUUAGUAUUAGCAUGUUCAAAUAGAAAAUUUGUUCUUUACGUUUUAUUAUUUUCAUUGUAUAGUUUAGAAAUAUACUUCAUGCUAGAAACAACAAAAAACCUUUCAUUUUGGUUCAUCAUUAUAUUUAGAACCAAAACAGCUGAAAAAAGAAAUAUCAGGGAUUGAUAACUUCUAUAAUUAAAUCCAUGAGAAUUCUUCCUCAGAAGAGAAUUUAAAGGUACACCUAUAAAUAUCUCUUUCUCAAACACUUUGUCUGAUACUACAAUGCUUUUCUCAUGUUCUACCGGUUUCCAUAAAUGGGAUAGCCAUAUAAAUUAUUUAUCUGUUAUUAUUUUUAUAUGUUUUAUUUAUUCAGAUUUAGAGAAAAAUUUAUAAGCUUUUAAAAAGUGUUUUUACCCAUUUUGGGAUAAAUUAUAGGAUAGAAUGGUUGUUUUAUGCAAGAGAUAUUGUAUUGCAGGGGAGGUGUGGAUGAAGUCACACUAUUUUUUUAAAAGAAAGUAUGUAUUAAAACUUCUGUAUUUUGGCUAAGUUUGGACAUUUAACUACAUAUUCAUUGUUCACAUCUCUCUAUGAAGAUACCUUUGUCCAUGUUUUUUUAAAGAUUCAUAUUUUAUUGUAUGUGUUUAUUCAUAUAGAAUUUUAUUAUAUGUUUUAUAUUCAUAUUUUAUUCUAACAUGAAAUAUGCAUACAAGUAAAGCUUUUCUUUUUGAAUUUAAAAUGGUACUUUGUGCCACCUCAGAGGUAAUGAUGAACCAUAUAUUGAAAAGGUUUUUUAUUCCAUAUAAUAUAAAUGCAUCAUUCUCCAUCACCAGUACCUCUUGGCUUACUCUUCAGGGAAUAAGAAACAAUCUGUAGAUUGGUUUCCAUACAGGGAAGUUCUCUGUCCUAUCCAAUGCUUGUAAUAAAUUUGCUUAGUUAUGAGUCAUUUAUCCUACUAAACUUUGGAAGAUCCAUUAGUUCUGACUUACCAUUUUGGGCUUUAUUUUAUAAUUUAGAACUUUCAAGGGAAAUACACUCAUUAUUUUGUUAUUUUUAUUACUGUAUAACAAAUAUGUUUAUAAGCUAUGAGAAUUGGUGCUAAUAGUAUUAGCCAUUUGUUAUAAAUGUCAACAAAAUGUUAACUAGGUGCAAGAAUGUACAUUUUCUUUUUAGAAAAACCAAUUGUACUUUAUACACAAAUGCAACUAUUUACUGGGUACAUGUGGUUCAAAGAGUGGCUUCAUCUGUGUCAUUCCUUAUGUGGUCUAAGACAAGAUUCUACCUUAAACUUGAUCUUCUUUCAAAUUGUUUGUAUGAAGAUGCUGUACCAAGUUGAACAGUCCUCAGGUGUUCAUAUAACUACUAUGUUUUGCAAUUUUCAUAUUUUAAAAUACAAUAAAAUUAAAUAACUGCAACAUUAAUGUCAAAGCCUCAGGUUUGGUUUUACUUACUUUCGCUGCAUUACAUUAAUGUAUGAAUGUAUUAGAAUUGAAAAAGAGCCACUCUAGUAACUAGUUUGUGGCUUUAUAUCUCCAAAGACUUGAAUUUUUAUUUUUCUAUUUUUGUACUUUUUUAAAAUUUAGUUCAGCAUAUUAUGAGGGUACAAAUGUUUAGGUUACAUAUGUUGCCUUGCCCUCCACCCCCAUACUUGAAUUUUUAAAUCUGCCCUGAUUCUACCGUAAACAGAUACCUAGGAGCAAAGAGCUGAUUUCUUAUCGGGGCCUUAAAUGAGACCCAGGGGGCCUGUAAGAAGUUAUAUCAACGAGCUUUAUCUCUGCUCAUAAUACUAUGGAUAAUGUGAGCAUGCUAGAAAAUGCCAGUGCCCCUCAGAUAUCUCAUCCCGUCUGAGUUCACACACCUGGCUGGCAACUCUGGUGGGCGCCAGAGGCCGCCUCCCGGGUGCACCUGCUGUUGGCCCUUUGCCUUCAGAUGGCCCAGCACACGUCGCGGGAUAUCCUCGGAGAUUCAGGGUUACAGCUGAGUAGCCUUAAUUAUCUGCCCUCCACCCCCACUCCAGGAGCCUCUGCUCCAUGCCGAGGGCCCCAGAAACUCUUAGUGCUGUUGCUGCUCAGCAGUGUGUCCUGCUGUUCACUGGAGACAGUGGGGCCCUGACUGAGGCUCCAGGGAUGAUGAUCAAUGGGCUGGACCAGGAGUGCCAACUUGAGUGGUCUGAGACUUGGGUAAUUAGGUGCCCCUUUUUUUCCCUAUCUGGUUUGUAAAUUUUUAGUUCAGAGACUAUCAUGCCAUAUUACCCUUCACGUGCAUUUUCCAGGCUUCUCAAAUGAUCUUUCCUCAUGCUUUUCCUCUCAGUCCAUCCUUUGACCCUCCAAAGCCAGCAGAAUUCUGUACCUUGAGCUCUAAGACCUUCCAGGCAUACCUAACAUUGUGUUGGUCUUUCGUCUGUGUGAUUUCUCACUGUUGGAAUGUCUUAGAGUACAUGUUCUAGAGUGAGAUUUCCCA